AGAUGGCACUCGCCUUUCACUGCACAAAUUCUUGCUCUUCCUCAGUUUCUGCUUUCACUUUCCCUGCAUAAAAUUUCAGAGCUUGAAAACGAAUGUAGAUCGCUUUCUCUGAAGUACUUAAAUGCAGUGCUCAUAAAUAUAGCUGAUUUUCUAUUGAAUAAAGAUGGCAUAACCAGUACAAUUUAGUUUAGCGUGUUAUAUAUAAAGAUGUAAACCAAUUUCAUAUUUCUGAUGAUUCAUGGGCAUGUGCCAUAAAAUAUCGAUUAAAUAAUCAAUUCAAUAGAAUGAAAGAGAACGUUUCUUAGAGAUAGGAGACAUUAGUUUUGUUCAUCUGAUUGUAUGUUACCUAUAGCAGAAUACUUUCACUAAUUAAUCGAGUGUGUUGCACGGGAGGAGGAAAACAUAAUUAGGAUGGUUGGAAAAGGCCACUCGUCGAAAAACAAGGAAAAUGCUUCCACCGAAGGAGAAGCUGACCCGGAUGCCUUCGUCUUCUCAACGGACGGUCUUAUCGGCGACGUCCAACGUAAAGUGAUGGCCGUGUUUGAGGUUUUCGACCAACAAGGACAAAAAAUGGUGGAUGUUCGCGAGGUGGGAACAAUGUGUCGCGCUUUAGAAUUGUACCCAAAUGAAGCAGAUGUUCACGAAAUUAUUGGAUGUGUAGAGGAAACCACUGCCAAAGGGAUGGUGAAGUUGAAUACUUUUAUCAAGCACAUGACAAAGGUGAUUUUCGAAGGAAAGUACAAGCCAGUGUCCCAUGAUGAUAUAAUGCAAGCUUUUCGUGCCGUCGACAAAGACAAGAAAGGUGUCUUGGAGCCUCCCAAGUUUAAGGAAAUGUUGAUGAAAGAAGGAGAAAAUUUUACUGCUGAAGAAGUGGAUGAAAUGCUCAACUUUGCUGUGAACAAAGGAGACAAUCUGGUGCACUGGGAAGAGUAUGUUGAGAAAUUGUACCGAUCAUUGCACUUGUAAAGAAUCAGUCAUGUAAUCCCCAUUUUAACA